UAUAAUCGCUGCCUUGCCUAUAGUCUCUGUCUGCCCUAAUUUAUGAAUGCACAUGAAUGUGAUGAGGAUAAGGCAUUUUCAUUUUUGAAGACUUCAUAGUUCUUGUCCCUUAAUCCAAUUCACAUGCUUGCUCCUUCCUUAAUCCAUUGCAUCGAGACUUUAGAUUCUUCUCUGGGUUUUACACUUUGAAGAUUCAUAGUUCUUGUGUUGCCACAACAACAAUGUACACCAACAUCUCCAAAACCCAGGCAUUUCCUCUCGCCGCUAAAAUCUCUUCGCAGCCCAAAUGCUUCGCUUCACCCUUCGCCUUAAAGCCCCAAUCUUUGCCACUUUCUUUUCAUCAAAACCCCAUCUUAAGGAACCCCACUUCGCAUAAAUUUGGAACCUUGGAAAUGGGGAAAUUAGCAAAUUCACACGGGUUAAUGCUACAAAUUGCUAGAAGAUAUUAUAGUGCAAGAAGUGCUGAAAAGCAUCUUCCUUGGUUAGAAGUAGCUAGUGAGGUUAAGGAAGAAGGUAAGGUGAUGGAGAAAGCAAAUAUGACUAGGAUCAGUGGCGGCUCUAUUCGGGAGGGAUCAGCAAAAAAGGUGAGUAGUAAGUCUUCUUGGGAGCAAUCCAUUGAAAGAUUAGAUAAAACAACAGUUCCAGAAUCUAAGCCUAGACCAGCAGCAGCAACAAAAAGAACAUCAUUUUCUACGAAAGGUGGUGUUUCAGCUGCUGUUACUAAGGAAAAGAAGAGUGGAUUGGUUGAGAGUGUGGGAGAGCAUAGAAGUGAUAAUGGUAAAAGGUAUGUGAAGUUUGAUGAUAAUGACGAAGUAGGAGAUGAUGAUGAUGGAAUGGGAGAGGAGGAGAUUGAUGAUCCAAGGUGGGAUAACAUAAGGAAUAGGUUCAAGGGGGUGGUGGGGGCAACAGUUGGAUCAGAGAGACCUGAGUUUCGAAGAUGGAAUAAGCAAGAGAAUUGGGGUAGGAAGACAUGGAAAGAGGCUUCUGAAUCCACUGUGCCUAAGAUUGUUGGCGAGGGAAUCUAUGGGGUUGGUCCAGUUUUGGCUGCAUUGUCAGCUGGUCGAAGGGAAAUGUAUGCAUUGUAUGUGCAAGAAGGGUUGGAUUUGAGUAGCAACAAUAGGAAGAAGAAGGACAAGAAAGGAUUUGAGAGAGUUUUGAAACUUGCUGAAAAGCUUGGUUUGAGUGUAAAAGAAGCUUCAAAACAUGAUCUGAAUAUGGUGGUUGAUAACCGUCCCCAUCAGGGUUUGGUUUUAGAUGCUUCACCACUAGAGAUGGUGAAAAUAAUGGAACUGGACCCUGUUUCUAUUGUUGAAGGGAAGGGUUCCCUUUGGAUUGCCUUGGAUGAGGUUACUGAUCCUCAGAAUUUGGGGGCAAUAAUUAGGUCUGCAUACUUCUUUGGAGCUUCUGGGGUGGUGUUAUGUGCCAAGAAUUCAGCUCCAUUGAGUGGUGUUGUAAGCAAAGCAAGUGCGGGCUCUCUUGAAUUAAUGGAACUGAGAUAUUGCAAGAAUAUGAUGCAAUUCUUAGUGUCUUCAGCUGAAAAUGGUUGGCGAGUUCUUGGGGGCUCUGUCUCCUCCAAAGCUAUUUCUUUGAACGAGGUUGUGCCUGGUCUGCCAACUAUUCUUGUUUUGGGCAGCGAGGGCACUGGUUUGAGACCACUGGUGGAGAGAUCAUGUACUCAGUUAGUUAGGAUUCCUGGGAACAUUCCUUUUGACUCGAGCAAUAAUGAAUUGGAUGGUGAAAAUGGUGGUUUAAAUUCUCAGAGCUCUGGUAAAGAGUUCCUGUCAUUUUUGGCUGUGGAAAGCUUAAAUGUUAGUGUUGCAGCAGGCGUGCUUCUUCACCACUUAAUUGGGAAAACGUUAGUAGAUUCAUUGCCAGAGGAGCAUAAACAGAUUGACAUGUCUGAGUGAGAAUGCAUCACCUCACUUUAUUUAGUCAGAUCUCACUUAGUGUUUGUUGAUGAAGCACAGUUUUUAUUUGUUUGAAUACAUUGUAGUUCCUCCUUUAUCAUUUGAUCAUGUAAUCAUAUUACAAUCAUGUUAUCAAGUUGGUCUGUUCAGCACCGGAGUCAGUUCGCAAUUUUGACUGCAAUAUAAUUUGAAGGCAAAUAAAUGUUACACUAUUAUUCAAAUGAAAGAGAAUUGAUUAAAUUAGA